CCCCGCCCACGGCCCGCCCCGCCGGCCUCCCAGGCGGCCCUGUCAGAGUGCGGCGGCGGGUGGCGCGGGGCUGGUCCUUGCAGCCGGCGAGGAGGCUCGCGCGGCACACCCCCGUCGGUCGGCGCCUCUCUUCAGCGCGCGCGGACAUGGCCCAGGCAGCGGCGGGCUGCCCCAGCGCCCGCGGCUCCGGGGACGGCGAGACGGGCAAGCCCAGGAAGGUGGCGCUCAUCACGGGCAUCACGGGCCAGGACGGCUCCUACUUGGCUGAGUUCCUGCUGGAGAAGGGCUACGAGGUCCAUGGAAUUGUACGGCGAUCCAGUUCAUUCAAUACUGGUCGAAUUGAACAUCUGUAUAAGAACCCCCAGGCUCAUAUUGAAGGAAACAUGAAACUGCACUAUGGUGACCUCACCGACAGUACCUGCCUCGUAAAGAUCAUCAAUGAAGUGAAGCCGACCGAGAUCUACAACCUCGGAGCCCAGAGCCACGUCAAGAUUUCUUUUGACCUGGCUGAAUACACUGCGGACGUCGAUGGGGUCGGCACCUUACGGCUUCUGGAUGCAGUGAAGACCUGUGGCCUUAUCAACUCUGUGAAGUUCUACCAAGCCUCAACGAGCGAGCUUUACGGGAAAGUGCAGGAGAUACCGCAGAAGGAGACCACGCCUUUCUACCCGCGCUCGCCGUACGGGGCAGCAAAGCUCUAUGCCUAUUGGAUUGUGGUGAACUUCCGGGAGGCGUAUAAUCUGUUUGCAGUGAACGGCAUCCUCUUCAAUCAUGAGAGCCCCAGGAGAGGAGCUAAUUUUGUUACUCGAAAAAUUAGCCGGUCAGUAGCUAAGAUUUACCUUGGACAACUGGAAUGUUUCAGCUUGGGGAAUCUGGACGCCAAACGAGAUUGGGGCCACGCCAAGGACUACGUGGAGGCCAUGUGGCUGAUGCUGCAGAAUGAUGAACCUGAGGACUUUGUCAUAGCCACUGGGGAGGUCCACAGCGUCCGGGAAUUCGUAGAGAAGUCGUUUCUGCACAUCGGAAAAACCAUCGUGUGGGAAGGAGAGAAUGAAAACGAAGUGGGCAGGUGCAAAGAGACUGGCAAAGUUCACGUGACCGUGGAUCUCAAGUACUACCGGCCAACGGAAGUGGAGACCAGUUACUUGUUCAAAGAUAAUAUAUGGAGGCGACUUCAAGAGCAUUGACUGUGGUACCAUCUCUGCCCCUUUGCGGUCUGGCUAACGAUGAAGCUAAAAUUUGCUGUGUAGUGAUGGUUCCAGUUGGACUGGAAUCCCUUUGAAGUUCCUGCAGUUUGCUGUUGUGAGAGCUCAAGAUAUUAUUUGACUGCAAUAAAACACUCUGUACGUUAUCAAAAUAUGGGACACAGUGAACUGUAGCAACACGCAAUGGCCAGACUCACCCCCGGAGGUGCCCUGCAGGCCUGGAGAGCACGGCACAUGCAGGCGAGGGUUCAUCCAUAGGGUCCGUCAUCACCCCAAGGGCCAUUAAUGGGCCUUAAACUCCCUGUAGGGCCCAUAUCAGCAAGUCUGGGGAGCAAAGAGCAGACCUGAACAGACCAGCAGCCAUACCGAGGGCACCCUGGCCUGACCUGGUGACCAUCGGUGUCAAGGUUCAGCCUCUCGGCUCUGGCAUCAGCUGACCUAAAUUAUUUCAUGCUAUUGUCACCUCUAAGGUAAUAUAGUCAUUGUCUGGGGCUCUAUUUAUACUUUAAAGUUCUUUCCCACCCACCCAU